AUGAGAACGAGCGAAUCUAAAUCGAAUCAAAAUGCUGCUGCACCAUCCAAAUCAACGACAUCAUCCAAUAUUCGUCAACCACGACUACGUCGGGCUCAAAACUACCUUCUUCUAUGGGUUGAUACCAGCAUCGACCAAAAAAACGAAGAUUAUGAAAAUACAUUAAAACAAAUACGAACCAUUACUGGUGAUGUCAGUGUCUAUACGCAACGAGAUGAAUGUAUAGACUUUCUUACAGAUGCUCAAGAAGACGUCAAAUCUUUUCUCGUCGUCAAGGAUACUAUGUUUCAACAAAUAAUGCCUCUCAUCAAUGACAUUCCUCAGCUGGAUGGUAUCUAUAUCCUCAAUGAUAUUGAAACCGUACAGGACGAGCGGAUAAAAAAAUGUAACAAAAUCAGGCGCAUUCGUACCAACAUUAAUGACAUAUGUAAAGGAUUGCAAUCGGAUAUUAAACAACACAAUCAGGACUCGAUAGCUAUGAGUUUUAUCACAACGAAUGAAAUGGCUUCAACCGAUAAUUUAAAUCAGUUAGAGCCAAACUUUAUGUAUACACAGAUAUUUAAAGAAAUUCUUCUUGAUAUGCAACAUGAUGAACAGGCGAUAAAACAGUUUACUGCUUAUUGUCGACAUCAUGACUCUGGAUCGGCAAAGAAUAUUAAUGAGUUUGAAAAAGAUUAUCAACCUGAAUCAGCUAUUUGGUGGUACACUAGCCCAUCAUUUAUCUAUUCUAUGCUGAAUUAUGCUCUACGUUCUAUGGAAGGCGAUACCAUUAUUAAUAUGGGUUUUUUUAUUCAUGAUCUUCACCAACAAAUCCAACAACUAUACCAACAACAGGUUAAUAGUUAUGCCGAUGAACCAUUCAUAGUUUAUCGAGGACAAGGUCUUAUGACAUCAGAUUUUGAAAAACUUCAAAAACAAAAAGAUGGCCUUAUAUCAUUUAACAAUUUCUUGUCCACCAGUAAAGAUAAAGAAGUGUCUCUCAAUUUUGCUCUAUGUGCUUUAACAAAUCCGGAUACGGUCGGCAUUCUUUUUGUAAUGUCCAUUGAUCCUUGCAUUAAAUCAACACCAUUCGCCUCCAUCCAAGAGAUGAGUUAUUUUAAUGAAGAAGAUGAAACUCUCUUCUCAAUGCACACAGUAUUUCGAGUGGGUGUAAUGAAACAAAUGGACAAUGAGAAUCAACUUUACCAAGUUGAAUUACAAUUAACAUCGGAUGAUGAUCAACAACUACGAAUACUUACGGAUGGAAUACGAGAAGAAGCUGGUGGUGGUACUGGAUGGCAAAGAUUGGGUGACUUAUUGCUUAAAAUCGGUCAAUUUAAUAAAGCCGAAGAACUUUAUAACGCAUUACUCGAACAGACAUCUGGAGAGACUGAAAAAGCUUUUUAUUAUUGUUGUCUGGGAUAUGUUAAAAAUGAAUAG